AAGAAGAAAAAUUAAAACUUGAUAAGAAAGACAAAAGAAUUAAAUUCUUGGAAAAGAAAAUAGAAAAAUUAGAAAAUGAAAGAUAUGAAAAAUUGGAGACAGAAAAUUACGAACUAAAGCAGGAGAAUGAGGAACUAAUGAAAAAAUUACUGACCAAAGGGAGAAAUAAAAAUAGCAACUUUUCUUCUAAUAUUAUUUUAACAUGA